GAGGUAGAGAGACAGCAAAGAGCAGGCACAGCAGGAAUACCCGUCUGCUGCCUGGCGUUUACAGUGAAGACAGAGAGAAGAAUACACCGCUCGUCAACCGUUUAUCUCCGACUUCGGCUCCGCUCCUCACGGCGCAUGCUCAGACCAACUGACGCUGCAGUUGUUUUAUUCAGGAACUCAGAGACACUAAAAGCUUUUCAAGAUGACCACUUCAUGGAGCGACAGACUGCAGAACUACGCAGACUUACCCGCCAACUUGGACGGCGUGUCGAUGAAGAAAUACAGAAGAGAGCCGUACCAUCGAGUGUUUGUGAACAGAAGCUUGGCAAUGGAGAACAUUAAAUGCUUUGGCUUUGACAUGGAUUACACUUUAGCAGUGUACAAGUCACCAGAGUACGAGUCGCUGGGCUUCGAGCUGACGGUGGAGCGCCUGGUUUCCAUCGGUUACCCCCAGGAGCUGCUCAGCUUCGUCUACGACCCGUCGUUCCCCACCAGGGGCCUUGUGUUUGACACCAUGUACGGAAACCUGUUGAAGGUCGACGCCUACGGUAAUAUCCUGGUCUGUGUCCAUGGGUUCAACUUCCUCCGAGGCCCGGAGAUCCGCGAACGGUACCCGAACAAGUUCAUCCAGAGAGAUGACACGGAACGCUUUUAUAUCCUUAACACGCUCUUCAACCUGCCAGAGACCUACCUCUUUGCUUGCCUCGUGGAUUUCUUCUCCAACUGUGACCGAUACAUUAGCCGCGAGUCCGGCUUCAAAAACGGAGACCUCUUCAUGUCCUAUAAGAGCAUGUUCCAGGACGUCCGCGACGCCGUCGACUGGGUCCACUUCAAGGGCACGCUGAAGGAGAAGACGGUCGAUAACUUGGAGAAAUAUGUAGUGAGAGAUGGGAAGCUGCCUCUUCUUCUCAGCAGAAUGAAUGAAGUAGCCAAGGUUUUCUUAGCGACCAACAGCGACUACAAAUACACCAACAAAAUUAUGACCUACCUGUUUGACUUCCCCCAUGGCGCCAAGCCCGGCAUCCCCCACCGGCACUGGCAGUCCUACUUUGAUCUGAUCCUCGUGGACGCCAGGAAGCCGCUGUUCUUCGGCGAGGGCACGGUGCUCCGACAAGUCGACAUGAUAACGGGGCGUUUAAAGAUAGGAAUCUACACGGGACCUCUGCAGCAUGGUAUCGUCUACUCUGGUGGUUCCUCCGACAUUGUGUGCGACCUGCUGGCGGCCAAAGGGAAGGACAUCGUCUACAUCGGGGACCACAUCUUCGGAGACAUCCUCAAGUCCAAGAAGCGCCAGGGCUGGAGGACGUUCCUGGUGAUACCCGAGCUGGCCCAGGAGCUGCACGUGUGGACCGACAAGAGCCCGUUGUUCGAGGAACUGCAGGGUCUGGACAUUUUCUUGGCUGAACUCUACAAACACCUGGACAGCAGCAGCAAUGAAAGGCCCGACAUCAGCACUAUUCAAAGGAGAGUCAAGAAGGUGACCCAUGACAUGGACAUGUGCUACGGCAUGAUGGGAAGCCUUUUCCGCAGCGGCUCCAGACAGACUCUGUUUGCCUCUCAAGUGAUGCGCUACGCCGACUUGUACGCGGCGUCCUUCAUCAACCUGCUGUACUACCCCUUCAGCUACCUCUUCAGAGCCCCACACGUGCUGAUGCCUCACGAGUCGACGGUGGAACACGCCCACAUGGACAUCGACGCCGAGUCGCCGCUGGCGACGCGCAACUGCGCCCACUGCAGCGACUGCAAGGACCUGGACUGCAAACGCAACCAGCUGACUCGCUCCUUCAGCGAGAUCAAGCCCCCCAACCUGUUCCCCCAGACGCCCCAGGAGAUCACUCACUGCCACGACGAAGACGACGAUGAGGAGGAGGAGGAGGAGUAAUAAGAUUGGCAUGGGGAAGAAAGUUUAGGCCUUCUCAUGUUUCCCAGUAGAGUUGGAUAGUUAUCUUAAAAAAACAAACAAAAAACAUCUGUCUCUGUGUGUGUGUGUCAACAAUGUAUGCACACACACACACACACACACACACACAUGAAUACAGGAGAUUUCUGAGGGAAUAUAAAAGGACCAGUUCUCAAAAAGGACAGAUGGUAUGACCUCAGACGACUGUUAGCAUGCUCGGCCCGCUCCAAGCCGAGCGACCUACUAUCCAAGCUUCUUCGUUAAAAAAACAACAACAACAACAAAAACAACCUUUUAAUUAGAUUUCCUUGUUAUCGUCACAGACGGAGCAUUACACAAUGUUUUUUAAAUCUGACUUUUAGGGCCUGCUGGUGGAUAAACAGCUGCAGUCCCAUCUGGACCGAAAUGCAUCCGACGGGGGUCAGUAACGUUUUAAUUGUAACAAACUGCUGACGCAAUAUGCACAAUAUAGAGAAACAACAGAGCGGUGUGCAGCACGCGGGGGGAGGAAUGUACAUACUGUAUGAAAACACUUUUUAUGAAACAUGGGAACAACGUUCAGUUUUUUCAUCCGUUUAGUUUAGUCUGUUUUUACCAGUUCUUUGUGUGUGUGUGUGUGUGUCUCUGUGUGUGUGUGUGUGUCUCUGUCUCCGUGCUGCGUUCUGAGAAUCCUUUCUAACUGAAGCACAAGCCGCGGUGACACGUGCGUGUUCGGGGAGAAGUUAACACGUCGGGGCUCUCGAAGCGAUAUUUCGUUACCAGGCAACUGCGAGGUAACCGUAUUAUACGCCAAUAAUAUGACAACCCCGGAGGACGGGAGGGUUUCCGGGUGAAUGGUUUCAACGCCAUGGGCGAGCUUCACAUGCAGUGUUGUCUUUCUUCUUCUUUUUAAUGCGCCGUUAUCUCCGGAAGAGGAAACUCGAGUAUUUCAUUUGAGGGUUUUAUUUCCGAUGGGAUAUCAGGUGUGUAACGGGAGGAGGUGAAGUAGCCUCAGUUUGCCUUUUUAUUUUAUUUAUUUUAUUUUUAUUUUUACAAUGUAUGGAGAGAGAAAAAAAGAAGCUGAGCUCGUGGCUUCAGACGGAUGAGCUGACGUUGCUUAUCUUUUUAGUUUUGGGGCGUUGUUUAUUUUUAAUUAAUUAAAUAUAUAUAUAUAUAUUGUUUAUAUCUUUUAUUUGCUCACCCUCACGUUGACAUAAUGCAGUAUUCUUCUGUCGGGCCUCUCGACUCCUGAAGUGACUAUUUCAUUAUAGUGUUAAAUACAAAUUUACAUUUAAAUUUGUGACAUAAUGAAGUAAGUCUUUAUUGUCUCCAUCUGAAAUGGCUUCGUGGUCCCUGACUGGAGGAGUAGAGCCGCCAGCUGUUCAUAAAUAAUUAUAAUAUAUUUGCAAAACAAUUCAUCUGCAUUUAGUUUUUUCGCUUCAAAUUUUCACAAAAAAUUUGGAUGGAAAGUUGUGACGCCACACCAGACUUUGAUUAAUGACGCUGAAUGCUGAUUGGUCAACGAAAGUCUUUGACGUCCUCUUUAAAAAUAACAAAAUAAAUAAAUAGUGCAAAACACGUAAACUUAGAUAUCGCUCGUGUGAAAUAUCAAAAAAGUGUCGAGCCUCGUCAGAAAACCGUGGAGCAGAUCGCCUGACCGGUUUGCUCCAGUUUAAAACGUUUGUCCAAACGAUCAGUGUUGCUAUGCAGAACACAGAGAGUCUUUUAUAUAUCCCCCCCUCUCAUCCCGCUCGAUAACUUUCCUCACGUUGUCUUUGAGACGUGGUUUUGACGCGCUGCGUCAGUUCUGUUGCUUCAGGCCCCAGAAUGGGAAGAAACAGGCCAUUUAAUUGUGUUGCAUCAUUUUUGAUUGGCUGUUUAUGAAUAUGUUUCACUCUGUGCUGAUUCAUUUGGUACAAGCUGAGAGGACAUUAAGAAACAUGUCAUCCGUUUGUCCUCUUCUGAUCAUUGGCAUUAUCGUUUUUUCUUCUAUUUUUUCUUUAAUUUUUUAAUUAUUAAAUAUUGAUUUUGUGAACAUGGAUUAACUGGAUAAACUCCCCGAGGCAGCUGCUUUGGAAAUAGGAAGAAAGAAAAAAAAAACUCUUUUCUUUGCAUAUUUUGCUUAUGCAUGUGAAAACUAUCGGCGUCAUAUCUAUUCUGCUAAGAUGACGGUUGAUUUUACGUGUAUGACGACUGUAUUAUUUUAAGGAUUUUUAAAUUUAUUUUUACAUUUUGUCUAGUUUACACAGGCAAAAAAAAAAAAUUGCAAACCUGUUAAAAAAAACCCACACAAAAAACAUUAAAAUAUAAUUUACAAGGGGAAAUUUGAUUAGUAAUAUAGUAAGUACUGUAACAUAUAUGUUACUUAUAAUCAAUACCGUGGGGUUCUUUUUAUUUUUCUAAGCUAGUGUUUUUAAAUGGUCUUGGUUUACACAACUGUAAAUAGACUUUUCCAUUUCCUUUAUUGUAGUUUUUUUUUUCCACACAUUUUCUUUCACUCUUGAGUUUUCAUGGCCAAAAAAAAAGUAAUCUUUCUUUUUUCCAAACUAUUGUAAUCCUUUUGUUUUUAUUCAUAUCAUUUCAUGUUCUCCCGAACAGUGUUUUGCUUGUUUGAUUCCAGAAAAUAUCCUACACACUGUACAUUAAGGUAAAUUACAUAAAAAUGUCGAAUAAAGAUAGUUUUUCAUAAUU